GUCGGAGGCGGGUCGGGAUAUAUCAGUGCCGGCGGAGGCGGAGCGCCAGUCUCACAGUCAGAGGAAACAAGCAGGUCUGCUAGGUAUGAUCCGACGCGGUGGGCCGGGCGCGUGGGAACGGCGUGAUCUAGCGCCGCGCCCUAGGCGCAUGGGCUGGGUACCUACCAGCGCGCACAGGUCUGUGGGGAGGCGGCGAGCAGGGGGGCACGAGGUGAGAAGGCAACAUAGCUGCGGCUGAAUCCCGCGACUGGCCUAGGAAAGGGGGCUCAGGCAGGUGAGGGGGGAGUCUCUGUCUUUGGCGGAGAAAUUUCUCUGCCUGCUGGGAGGGCUGUGUGCCAAGGUCAGGGGAGCUUUGCUCAGGGGCCAGGUGGUGGAGAGUGCUCUGCCCGGGGCACAUGGCUCUGCCUCUCUCCCCUCACUGCAGGCCCUAGCGAUACCCGGUGGUAUCUAGCCAGGCAUCAUGAGCCAGGACGCAGAGGUGGACAUGAAGGAGGUGGAGUUGAACGAGAUGGAGCCCGAGAAGCAGCCCAUGACGGGCUCCCCCUCCUCGGGAUCCCCGGGCACCCUGGGCGAGAAGAACGGGAUGGUGAAGGUGAAGGUGCCCGAGGAGGAUGGCGAGGCGGAUGCUGGCACCAAGUUCACGGGGCUGUCCAAGGAGGAGCUGCUGCAGGUAGCGGGCACUCCAGGGUGGGUGCGCACCCGCUGGGCCCUGCUCAUCCUCUUCUGGCUGGGUUGGCUGGGCAUGCUGGCGGGGGCCAUCGUCAUCAUCAUCCAGGCUCCCCGCUGCAAGGAGCUGCCUCCCCAGGAGUGGUGGCACAAGGGGGGCAUUUACCGCAUCCAGGCACUGGAGGCCUUCCAGGACUCGGAUGCCGAUGGAAUCGGGGACUUAGCAGGGGUGGAGCAGCGCAUCGAUUACCUGAGCUCCCUGAAGGUGAAGGGGCUGGUAAUUGGGCCCAUACAUGUUAACACCCCUGACAACCUGGUCAGCUCGGACCUGCAGGAAGUGGACCCCCAGCUCGGCACCAAGGAGACCUUUGCCAAGCUGUUGGAGGCUGCCAAGAAGAAGAGUCUCAAGGUCAUCCUGGACCUGACCCCCAAUUACCGUGGACAGAUGCCCUGGUUCAGCCAGGAGACCCCCCGCAACAGUGAUUUCCAGUCUAAAAUGAAGGCUGCACUGGAGUUCUGGCUGGAGUUUGGCGUGGCAGGGAUCCAGAUGGAGGGAGUGGAGAAGCUCAAUGACUCCCAGCUUCUGGUGGAGUGGAAGAACCUCACCAGCCAGUACAGUUCUGAUGGCAAUGCCAGGGUGCUGAUCGCUGGGACAGGCCAACGAGAUUCCUGGCAGAUCUUCUCCUUGCUGAACGAGACCAGCGCUGACCUCCUGGUCAGCCCGUAUCUGAUGGGGCUGGGGGAAGAGCCCACUGGGGAGAAGGUGGAAAACGCGAUCAGAGAGUACAUCCAGGCUUCAGGAGAGAAGUGGCCCAGCUGGAGUGUGGGGGGCCCAAGGACAGGGCACAUGGCCUCUCUUGUGAAGGAGCGGUUGCUGCGGCUCUAUCACAUGCUACUUUUCACGCUGCCAGGGACACCCUUCACCAACUACGGGGAUGAAAUCGGGCUGCAGGAGCAGCCAGGACAGUCCGGCGUACCCCACAUGCAGUGGAAUGAUUCGGCCAACUUUGGCUUCUCCUCAAAGUCAUUGCCUCAAGGUGGGGGCAGCAGCAGCAGCAACAUCACUGUGAAGGCACAGAGUGAGGACCGCUCCUCACUGCUCUCCUUGUUCCGGCACCUGAGCGAGCUGCGGGGCAAGGAGCGCUCGCUGUUGCAUGGGGAAUUCAUGAUGCUGCCCAUGCUGGUGCCGGAUGUCUGUGUCUACCUGCGCAGCUGGGACCAGAACAAACGCUUCCUGGUGGUCCUCAACUUAGCUGGCACCCGCAGCUCUGUCCCCAUCUCCCACUCUCUCCUGCCUUCUGAGGCCACUGUGGAGCUCAGCACUGACCCCCAGCGCCAGGAGGGGCAGCUGGCCCUGCAGAACCUGACAUUGGAGCCCUCUGAGGGGUUGCUGCUGCAUUUCCCCUAUGUAGCCUAGGGGAGGAGGCCUCCCCUGCGGGCCAGGGCCUUCCGUGUUCCAGGGAGGGGUUUUAUUCAUGUGAGUCCUACUAACACCCCCAGGGGCAGCACUGAGGCCUUGGGGCAGGAGGAGGGAGCUGCAGCCAUAAGGUAAAGAAGGCCCCUAGGUUCUGCUCUCCCGAGUCCUGGAUGUCUGUCCUGAUACAGCCCACAGGGCUGGCGGGGGGGGUGGGGUGGGGAGCUGGUGCUCAGUGUGCCCCAAUUCCUGCUAGCCUCACUUUGGCACCAUCCUCAGGGAUGCUAUGGGAGCUCUGAGCUGGGGUGAGGACUGGGCUCUGACAUCUGUUUCCCCAUGGUGGGGCAGCAACUAGAUUUAGGGACCAAAGGCUUCAGGCCCCACUGGCUGCAGCUUCACCCUCCCCCAAAGUCAUUCCAGCUCCUGAGGGGCUGGCCCUGCCCUGCUGUCAUCCCCCCACUUGGGGUCACCCCCUCCUUUGGGAUAGGUGGGGAUGACUGAUCAGGACCAACAGUCUGUCUCUGUCUCUCCUCCUCUUCCUCUCUCCCCCCCCUCCCCAUGGCCAGUGCUGUGUGUGAAGUGGGGCUGAUGUUUGGGUGGGGGGAUGGAUGGCUUUGUGCUGGGCUCCUUCUGAGUGCUGCUGGGAUCAGCAUGGAAAUAAUAAAAGGCUCUGCUUAGUGA